CCUGGCUGGGUGUGUGUUGUGGUCUGGAGCUGUGAGCCUGGCUGUUGUUGCUGGAGCGUUACGUCACACUGACUGCAGGUGUCCGUGUGUCUUCCGCUCACUCAGUCCCGUCAGGGAAACACACAACCCAGUUUGUUUCCCCGUCUUCCGCUUGAAAUAAGCUGAGACAAGCUGACGGGAAGGACGAUUACUUUCACUCAUAAGCCAGGGACAUGAGUUCUUCAGAGGAGUUAAAACACACAGACACAGACAGGACCAAGCCUCACUGUCAGAUGUGUGGGAAGACUUUUCGUCGCAUCUGUAAUCUCAGAAGACACGAACGCACUCACGCUACAGAGAAACUCUAUCACUGUGGACAAUGUGGCAGUAUUUUCAGCCAGCUAAAUGCAUACAAGCAACACCUGCAGGCCCACAGUGAAGAAACAUCAUAUUGCUGCGACCAGUGUGGGAGUAAUUUCAGCACCCAGAGUUCAUACAGAAAGCACCUGCGUUGCCACUCUGCUCCAUACCAGUGCAAACAAUGUGAAAAGACUUUCAUUUACUUCAGUAUUUACAAAAUACACAUGCGCGUUCACACAGGAGAGAAACCAUACUGCUGUGACCAGUGUCCAAAGAGCUUUAGCUUUUUGAGCUCAUAUAAGCGACACCAGCUCAGCCACAGUGGAGAAAAGCCGUACCAGUGUGACUUUUGCGGGAAGAGUUUCACUCAGUCGGGGCAUUUCAGUCUGCAUCUACGUAAUCACACGGGAGAGAAACCAUACGAGUGUGACCAGUGUGACAAGAGCUUCAGUGACUUAAGUAGUUAUAAGAUACACAUGCGCAUCCACACUGGAGAGAAACCAUACUGCUGUGACCAGUGUGGGAGGAGUUUCUCACAGCUAGGCAAUUACAAAUCACAUAUGCGUAUCCACACAGGAGAAAAACCAUUUCGCUGUGAGUUAUGUGACAAAAGUUUCUCUAUUUCAAAAACGUAUAAGCAACAUGUGAACACUCACACUGGAGAGAAACCAUACCAGUGUGAAGAAUGCGGGAAAGGCUUUGGCCGACUAAGCAACUACAUGCGGCACCUUCGUAUCCACACUGGAGAGCAACCCUAUAGCUGUGAGCAAUGUGGGAAAUGUUUUAAUAGUUCGUACAGUUACAGCCGACACCUACGUGUUCACACUGGAGAAAAACCGUACUGGUGUUCACUGUGUAAGAGACUUUUUACUCGAUCACAGUCCUUAAAGAAACACCACUGUGUUGAAGUAGAUGAAGAUGGUUCCACUCUGUCUAACAAAGAAGCACAUUCAAGCUGCUCACCAACUGAAUCAACAAACCAACAGGGCCCAAAAAUAUAAGAGUGUGUCUGUUCAUGAUAAUGAAAGGACAUGUUAUUAAACUAACUUUGUUAAUUAAGUUUUUUUAAUGAAAACAUGGAGACCUCAGGAAGAGUAGCAACUGUGUAAAUACAGGAGCUAAUGGGAAUAUUAAUAAAAGAACAAACAAACAACCACAUCAUCUUAUGAAAAUGUGUGAUUCAUUGAUGUGUUCUUUAUUAAUAAAGUUAUUUGUCACUGAGGAAUAGGAUAAAUUUGGCUUUGGAUACACAAAGUAUUUGAUAAUAUGACAUUUCCAUUGUUUGUUUUUCUGGUCUUUUUGUCUUUUCAUUGGACACAAAUGAAAAACAUGGAAUAUAUCACCACCCUACAUUUUAACUAAGUCUUUGGGAGUCUGUAAGAAUCUGCCCAAAACACUAAGAUCACAGAAUAAAGGCCAGAGGCCUGUACUGUGAAGCAAGUUAUACGUACCCAGGACACACCUUUUUUUUCUUAUCUUGGUCCAAAACUGUAAUGGUGUUUUGGCGGUUUCAUUAAGGUUUUCCACAUCUAGCCAUUAGUAAAUUCACAUAGAGGGGCAGGUGUUCAUAGCAAAUGACUAAUCCCAAAAAGUCUUCUGGCACAAGUGUGGCCGAAAGUGGGGGAUCAAAAAAUUUCUGAUUCUGAUUGAAAGGAAUUUUUAAAUGAAAACAAAACUAUUAUAUUAUACAAAAUGAAAGCUGCCAAAUUCAGGAAGGAGAGGUGGCUAAAAGUUGCUCCAAUGUGUACAUGAAGAGGCUCGUCGUAUGCCUUGUCAAUAGAGUUCACUCAAUAUAAUAUUGUUGUACAUAAGUACAACAAUCGAGGGCCUCAGAGCUUAAAUUGUGCUCUUUUGUUUGAUGGUGUUGGUAUACAUUGGAAUACAAUUACAUUGCUUGCAACCAACAAGGAAAAAUUAAAUGAAGAGGACAGGAGAUGGCCUCUAUCACAAUCCAUGGACCGAGCACUAGGAGAGCUUGUAUGGAUGAUGAAGGAUUUUCUAUUAAACAGAUUGGUUAGUGGAUGGUGACUUCAUAUAUGCUGAUCUGUUAUCUUGUACAAUCAGCUCUGAAGCAGCUUAGGUGUGCAUUAUUAUACAUUUCCAUUAAGUGGCCCAAUAGGAAGUGAACUACUGUUGCUGCCCUGGAAAAUGAAGGGUUAACACCGAAGUUACCCAGUUACACCAAUACCUGCUUCAAAGCAUAGGCCUUGGUCUCAGGCUGCAAGAAUAUAAAUUGGCGUUUUGUAUUAAUUCAAAGUUUAUUUUAUAUGAAAAGAUAAAUAAUGUGUUUAUUCUAAAGCUUAUUCUAUUAUGUUUAAUUCAAUAAUGGAUUUGUGUGAAGUAUAUUCACUUGUGUUAUUUAAUCCCCAAUCUUUUUGGUCUUCGGCAUUAAGAAUUGUAUAAUAUACCAAAGAAUGGAAAUGGAUUUUCCUGUUUCUAUUGUUUUGUCCCACCUACUGUGCAUGUUUGACUUUAAAAUGUAACCCUGUUUGUUUUUGGAAAGUACUCUGUAGUUGUUUUAAUAUAGAUUGUUGUUAAUACAGGUUCCAAAAUGUGACUUUAACUCACAACUGUCAACAUUUCAAUUUAGGAGCAACUAAAUACAACAAACAGUU